UGUUACGAUUCCAAAGCUGUAAGAUAUUACAGAUGGCAGGUUAAUUAUCUCACAUCUCGGAAAAUAUUUGUAAUGUUGUGCUUCUUGUUGACAAAAUUGUUUUCCCUGUUGGGUUUUUAAGCUAGCGCCCAAGACUUCCAUUCACUCCUUGAAGGAGAGCGCUCCUUGUCCCAGAAUCGUCCAGAAUGCACCGUACGGCCCAUUGACGUAGCGUGGGCAACGUUUCCAAUUUCCUCAAAAGUAUAUCUGCCGUUGCGAAUGUUAGCGGCACAUCUAUCUGCAGGUUGAAUAUGGGUUUGCUGUCAAUCCUUCGAAAGCUAAAGAGCACACCUGAUCAGGAGGUUCGGAUCUUGUUGUUGGGUUUGGACAACGGAGGAAAGACCACGCUACUGAAACAACUGGCCUCUGAGGACAUCAGUCACAUCACUCCCACACAGGGCUUCAACAUAAAGAGUGUUCAGUCUCAGGGUUUUAAGCUGAAUGUGUGGGACAUCGGGGGACAGAGGAAGAUCAGACCCUACUGGAGAAACUACUUUGAGAACACUGACGUGCUGAUUUACGUCAUCGACAGUGCAGACAGAAAAAGAUUUGAAGAGACGGGACAGGAGCUGGCUGAGCUGUUGGAUGAGGAGAAGCUGAGUGGGGUUCCAGUGCUGAUCUUUGCCAACAAGCAAGACCUGCUGACGGCUGCCCCAGCUUCUGAGAUCGCUGAGGGACUCAACCUGCACACUAUCCGGGACCGCGUCUGGCAGAUCCAGUCCUGCUCCGCCCUCACUGGAGAGGGGGUACAGGACGGAAUGAACUGGGUCUGCAAGAGUGUCAAUGCUAAGAAGAAGUAGCACAGCUGUCUGCUUUCUCAUACACACACACACACACACCCUCUAAGCCUGUGGGAGGACGUGUUGUACCUGUGAAUGUACGCACUAAACAUGGACUUGAAGAAAGUUUUUAACUGCCUUGCUGGUCACUACACAUUGUUUACUAAACUACAAUUCUCGCUAGAACUACAACUUCCAUUGUUGCUCUUCAAAAUUGAGUAUUUGUAUUUGGGGGUAAAAAGGGAAGGAAACCCAUCCCAGGAGACCCACCAGCCUAACCAUAUCACCUCCACCCUGUUAAGAAAUUCCGCCCCAGAACAUUCCAGACCUUUCUACUGUCCUUCACCACAACACCAGCCUCCCUUCUCUCUUCCCUCUCUCCUAGCCUGGGUACCAGUCCGUUUGUCUUAUAUUCCACUCCUUCUACUCUGUCAUACUGUAUGCCAAAGCAUCACAGGAGUGGCAAGGAGUGGAAUGAUAGCAAAACAGACUGUUACCCAGACUACUUCUCUCCCCCUCUCAUUCGAUCUCUUUCUCUCUCCUCUCUUGCCACAUUUUUCUUAUUCGUACAGUUUGCUCAGUUGUUUUUUAUUCCAUGCUCCAAGCUCUUUUCUCGCUGCAGUUCUGUUGGAAGUAGGGUAUAUUUUUGUAAUUCUCUAUUUAUGGUGAAGUAGAGGGUAAUUUGCUUACAAAUAACAGAUACAGUGUGUGGUUACAGUUACUGGUUUACUAGGAUGACAGGGCAACAUUGUAUACUGUGUUUUACUCCCCUGUGAAAAGGUUACGUGUGUUAAUAUGUAAAAAUAAAAAAACACUAUAGGGCAACUCUGAAAUGGCACCCUGUUCCCUAAAUUGUGAACUAGAGUCGACCACAGCCCAUAUGAGUAGAGCCCUAUCUAGUGAAUAGUGUGCCAUUUUGGACAAAGCCUAAUAAAUAAAAUGGAAAAAGAAUACAUUAUGGAUUAUCAAUUGUAUAUAACUCGCCCCCAUAUAUUUUUUUUAUUUAACUAGGCAAGUCAGUUAAGAACAAAUUCUUAUUUUCAAUGAUGACCUAGGAACAAUGGGUUAACUGCCUUGUUCAGGGGCAGAAUGACAUGUUUUUACCUUGUCAGCUCGGGGAUUUGAUCUUGCAACCUUUCGGUUACAAGUCUAACGCUCUAACCACUAGGCUACCUGGCGCCCCUAUUCAUAUAUGUUAUGUGCAUGCAGUAGAGUAUAUAUUACACCUGUACUAUGUAAUCUAUUGUAUUUGCAUAUGUAAUGUAUGUGUUGAUCAGUGGAGGCUGGUGGGAGGAGCUAUAGGAGGAUGGGCUCAUUGUAAUGGCUGGAAUGGAAUAAUUGGAACGGUAUCAAACAUGGAAACCACAUGUUUGACUCUUCCGGUCAUUCCAUUCCAGCCAUUACAAUGAGCCUGUCCUCCUAUAACUCCUCCCACCAGCCUCCACUGGUGUUGAUUGAUUUUAACGGGGAUUAAAUGACAGUGUAUAUUU